GGGGCGGUGGGCAGGCUUCCUGCGGCCGCCUUUGCGCUGACCCCGGCAUGGCGGUGAUGGGCGUGCAGGUGGUGGUGAGCCUGCUGGCAGCCAGCCUGAUGCAGAAGAUGGCCCCGCACUGCUCCUUCGCCCGCUGGCUGCUCUGCAACGGCAGCCUCUACCGCUACAAGCACCCCUCGGACGAGGAGCUCUGUGCCCUGGCAGGGAAGCAGCGUCCAAGGAGCAAGCGGGACAGGAGGCUGAACGGUGUGACAGAGGACAAACCUCUCUCCGUGCCCCGGGACAUCGACCUGCACCUGGACACCAGCCCCAUCACCGCCGUGGAUGCUCUUGUGCUGCGCUACUUCCUGGACUACCAAUGGUUCGUGGACUUCGCCGUCUACUCCACCGGCGUCUACCUCUUCACCGAGGGCUACUACUGCUUGGUGGACCCCCAGAAGGAGACCAACCUUGGGGUGCUCUGGUGCCUGCUGACGGUUGUCUUCUCCAUCAAGGUCUUCCUCAUGGUGCUGCGCCACUACUUCCGCUCGGAGGAGGGGGGCGAGCGUUCCGUCUGCCUCACCUUCGCCUUCCUCUUCCUCCUCCUCGCCAUGCUGGCCCUCAUCAUCCGGGAGGACUACCUGGAGUUUGGCCUGGAGCCCGGGCUGGCAGGCGUCAGCAGCGACCUGGAGAGCAUCCUGAAGCAGCAGGGCUGGGAGUGGAUGGUGCCCCUUGCCAAGUUGGCCUUCAAGCUGGCGCUGGUUGCCCUCUGCUCCUUCCUGGGUGCCUGCCUGACCUUCCCGGGGCUGCGCCUGGCCCAGACCCACCUGGAUGCCCUGAGGCUGGCAGCUGGCAAGCCCCUGAGACAGGCCCUGCUCCACCUGAGUUUCCUGGCCCCCGUGCUGGUGGUGGUGAUGUGGAUCAAGCCAAUCUCCAGGGACUUCCUCCUGCACGCACCCAUGGGCAAGCAGACAGUGCAGAUCAUGUCAGACUCUGCCUACAACACUGCCCGCCUCUGGGCCAUCGUGGGGCUGUGCCUGCUGCGCCUGGCACUCACCCGCCCCCACCUGCAGGCGUACCUGGGGCUGGCCGAGCGCUGGGUGGAGCAGCUGAGGAAGGAAGCUGGCAGGAUCCCUGCCCUGGAGAUCCAGCGCAAGGUCACCAGGAUCUACUGCUACGUCUCGGUGGUCAGCCUGCAGUACCUGGCACCCAUCGUCCUCACCCUGCACUGCACCCUGCUGCUCAAGACGCUGGGGCAGCACUCGUGGGGGCUGUACCCAGAGCCCCCUCCUGUGUCCCCGGCAGCGGUGGCACCGCAGCGUCCCGCGGGGCAGGGCGGGGAGGACGUCCGUGUGGCAGUGGAGCAGAUCACAGGCAUCCUGGGCAGCAUCUUCACCCCCCUCUUCCUCCGGGGACUCUUUGCCUUCCUCACCUGGUGGGUGGCUGCCUGCCAGGUCGUCACCAGCCUCUUCGGCCUCUACUUCCACCAGUACCUGGCAGCCUCCUGACUGGGGGGGGAGCUGGGAUGUGCCUGUGGGCACAGUCGGUGCCCAGCUGCUGGUGCCCUUGCCCCUGCCCUGGCUGCUUUCCCCCUUUGCACGUGCUGGUGGCACCUGUGGACAUGCACCUGGGGACAGUUGUGCCACCAGCCCUGGGCAGGAGGGGGUUUAUGGCUCCUGGGCCAGCAUGGGCAUCGCCUGCUCCUGCCACCCAUCACCACUGUGCCUCUCGCCCCUCCAAGCCCUCUUCCCCUUCCUGGCCCCACAUGGUGAGGGAGCAGCUGAAGCUCCCCACAGGUGAGUUUGCUGCUGCCUGCUCUGACCCAGCCUGAGGCCACUGCUGCUGUCAUUUCCUUCGGGGGCAGCAGCUUCAGCCAGCCCUGGGCUGGUGGAGACCUCCCAGCCAGGCUGCAGCUCCAGCUUGGUUUGCCAGUGGAGGGCUGGGGGCUUGCUCUGCCUCCUGUUUGCCCCUCCAUGGGCAAGUCUGGUUUUGUGGGGUCACUGCAGCUGGGUUAGAGCUGCUUGGGGUCGUCCCUCUGCUUGGUGUGAAGUCCUCAGCUCCAGCAGCCUCAGUUGUUGGCUGUUAGAAAUAAAGAAGUAACCCAGA